AUGCUUUCAAGAUUAGUCGUUAAAAAGCCAUUCGUUCGUUCAGUAUGUGCUCAUUCAUCAUCACCAUAUCAGUUUAAUCGUCAUCAUCAUCAUCAUCACACUUUAGAUCGUUUUUUGGAGACAGGUAUCAUUUUGGAUCAAUAUAUCAUCUAUUCAAGCUUUAUCGAAAGCAAGAGAGUAGCAGAAUUGACUACACUUGAAAAUGGAAUGAAGGUUGUAUCACUUUCUGGUGGUUUCACUGGACCAGCUGCCGCUCUUGGUAUCUUUGUCAACACUGGUAGCAGAUUCGAGUCACAAACCAAUGCUGGUUCCAACCAAGUCUUGAAGAACUUGGCUUUCCAAAGCAAUGAAUCAAAAAUCUAUUUACAAGUUCAAAGAGAGAUUGCCGAGAUUGGAUCUACAGCAUUUGCACAAAUCUCAAGAGACAAUCUAUUGAUUUCAAGCGAAGUUUUACCACCAUUCUCAAAGCAAAUGUUGACCAGUUUGUCCAACAUUACCAACCCAAAGUUGGCCUACCACGAAGUUCGUGAUUGCACUGAACAAACCAUCGAAGAGUCUGAAUCACUCGAACACUGUCCAGUCACUCAAGUAUUUGAAUCACUCCACAAGCAAGCUUACCGUGGUCGUACCCUCGGUCGUCCAUUGGUUGCACCAGUUUGCAACCUCGGUUCACUUGCCACUGAACAAGUUGUUGACGUUGCCAACUCUGCCUUUACUCCAUCUAACUUGACCCUAGUCGGUGUUGGUUUGAACCACAAGGAUCUCGUCAAAGAGGCCCAACAAUUAAAGUUUGGCAAGACCAAUGGUGGUGCUGCCAACAAGGGUGAAUCUGCCAAGUAUGUUGGUGGUGAUGAAAUCACCUAUGUCACUGGAAACAAUCACAUUGUCUUGGCCUUUGAAGGUGUAUCAUACAAGAACACCAAGGAUGUUGCUGCCUCAGCUGUCUUGAAGGCUAUCUUGGGUGGUGGAUCAAUCCAACCAAAGACUGCUCCAGGCAAUGGAAAGACCUCCCGUCUCUUUACUCUUUUGGAAAAGAACCAAUCCUCUCUUGUCAAAACCGAUAGCAUCAACAUUAACUAUCAAGAUACCGGUCUCUUUGGUGUCUAUGCCGAAUCUACCGAAACAUCUCAAGUUGGUCAAGUAAUUGCCAAUCUUGCCAAUGAGUUUGCUACUGUUGCCAAGUCUGCCGUCUCUGCUCAAGAACUUGAUCGUGCUAAAAAUAUUGCAAAGACUACCGUCUUGGAACAAACUGACAGUCGUAGUGGAGCUUUGGAGUUUGUUGGUAAACAAGCCUUGUACAACAAUGCCAAGGUAUUGACCCCAGAGGAAUUUGUUCAAGAAAUCAAUUCAGUCACUGCCGAAGAUAUCAAGCGUGUCGCUUCAAAGAUGUUGCAAUCCAGACCAACCUUGAUCGUUCGUGGUAAUAUUCAAGACGUACCAACUUUGGAUCAAGUUCAAUCAUUGACCAAGUUUUUUUAA